AUGCCUAUCAUUUGGCAAGAUAUGUGGUCGACGAAGCAGCAGGCGCAGGAGAAGGCGCUUCUGUACACUGCAGGAGAUGGCACCGUGGCGGCCGUCCGCUCCUAUCUCAACGACGGCGCCAACAUCGAGUGCAGAGAUGACGAUGGUGCGACGCCACUGCACAAAGCUGCAGUAAAUGGUCAUUUGAACGUCGUCAGCGCUUUGCUUGAAAAUGGCGCCCGUCUCAAAGCCAAAACCAAGCAAGGCUGGACGCCACUGCACUCGGCUGCGUGCUAUGGUCAAGUGGACGUGGCUCGUUUUUUGCUCGAGAAAGGCGCCAAGAUCGACGCCAGAGACAAGAGCCUCGAGACGCCACUGCACUUGGCCGCCAGACGCAAUCAAGUGGAGGUGGUUGGGCUUCUGUUGGCACGCGGUGCCCAUCUCAACGCUAGAAACAAAAAUAACCACUCGCCACUCAUGGCCGCUUGCGAAAAAGGUCACGUUCAAGUCCAAGAGCUGUUGCGCCAACACCCCGACGCUAUUCCGGAAGGCGGACCGACUCGCCCACAGAUCGCAUGCAUGCUAGCUGUCGUGUGUCUGCUUGGCGUCGCGUCGACGCGACAUAUGCUUGAUCCAGCGGACGACCAACUCGGCGUUGGCGCCGACCGGUACUCGCCAAAGAACGACCCGCUGCCGCUUGCAGACACGGGUCUUGGCGACUGGAGCACCGCUACUGCACCUUUGUCGCUGGCGCCGGAGACACGGCAAGUAGAAGCACGCGCUUCUCUCGCGCAAGCCCAAGACGACGCGUACGAUCCGAGCGACGCUCCUACGCGUCUCGAGACGGUUAGGCCUGUUCAGGGACUCGAAGGUCAAGUGCGCGCCGCGGCGCGCGAUGGCCAACUCGACGUUCUCCAAAGCCUCCUGCGCAAGCACCCAACGAUCCAAAUCGAUGCCCACAACGAGGAUGGCAAGACGGCACUGCACUUGGCGGUCGAGCGCGGCCAUGUCGAGAUCGUGGCGGUACUGCUCGAGCCGACGGCGCUGACGGGGGACACGUCUCUGCAAUUGGCCGCUCGCCUUGGCAACGCGGGCCAUGUGGAGACGUUGCUAAAGGCGUUUCUCUCCAAACACACACCAGCGGCGCUGGCGCCGAUGCUUGCAGCAGCGCUGUUCGACGCUAUGAUGCACAAGCACGAGGACGUCGUCCAGAUGCUUCAACCACUCGUCUCGGCCAGUCGCCCCCAUCUCGCAUCCCUGAGCGACGACCCUGCGACUGUGGCGUACUUGGCGGCAUUGGCGGGUGAUACAAGCCGCCCCGAGCCUCGCUCGGCUGACCUCCACACGUCCGCGGUCCUGGCCACGACCAUCUUGCUGUUUCUCCUGGCCGCCGCUCGCCAAUGGUAUAUGGUCCUCAAGAACCAAACGACUUUGUCGCCAACGAUCGCGGCGCCCGCACCAACCCAGAGCGCUACGGAAGCGGCGCUUCUCGACGCCAUCGAUGCCACAGACUGGGCUUUGGCCACGUCGCUGCUCUUUACCGGCGCACCUGUCCCUACGCACGACGACUCCUUGUCUGCGCUUGUCGACCAUGUCCUCCAAGCUUUUGACGCCGACUUGCUGCGAGGGUUGCUCUCGAGCCUGCAUGCCAACGGCGACCCCCGUGCAAGCGACAUAUGCCGCAAGGCGCUUUUGGCCGCCGUCACCACCGACAAGCCGCGCCUUCUCGUGGCUGUCUUGCACGACCCCAAGACCGCUGCCAUGGCUUGUGUCGUCUCCCAGACAAACACGUCGCCGUUGCAUGAAGCAGCCGCGCGAGGUUGUAUCGGCAUUCUCUCACUCCUCCUUGUGAGUCCGAGUGUCGACGUCAACACCGCGAACGAGGACGGGUACACACCGCUGGCACUGGCUGCAGAACGCGGUCACUGCGACGUUAUUCGAGCGCUCGUCAGCGUCGGUGCCGAUGUUGCGAUUCCUCUGCCGAAUGGCUCGCUGUUGCUGGAUGCUGCGGUCGCCAACGUCGACACCAGCGUCCUCGCUGCCCUUCUCACAUCGCCGAGCUUAGAUCUUAACGCAAAGGACAAGGCUGGCAACUCGAUCUUGGCGCGUGCUGUCGUCACUGGUGCGACAUUUGCUGUCGAGCGCCUCUUGGGCGCCGACGCCAGCGCCAGCAUUUCGGCACCUGACGGCAGCUCGCUCUUGGCGUUGGCCAACCAACGUGGUCGUCGUCGCAUUGCUCGGCUUUUAUACAAGAGCCUCUACGACGCACCCCACGAGGCCACCAAUACCGACAUUGAUCGUGCGGGGCAUCAGUUUUUGGGCGAAGGGGGCGGUGGCGCCGUCGUCAAGGCGUCGUACCGCGGCUGCAGCGUCGCCAUCAAGGCCACCAAGAACGGAUAUCGGAGCCAGAGCAACGCGCUUCGCCUCGAGAUUGAAGAGAUGCGGCAGUUUGGGUCCCCGUACGUGUUGCCGCUUCUCGCAGCGGUUGAUGCUUCGUCCAAUAACCCGCAGAUGAUCCUCGAGCUCAUGACCAACGGCGAUCUCUACAAGUACCUUGAGGACACGCAGGCCAACGCACCCGUCAGCAUGGUGAUUACCCCACUGGACGUGGCAUGGGUGCUGGCAAAUGCCCUCUGGGACCUUCACCAAGGUGGUCGUAUGCACCGCGACGUCAAGAGCCACAACAUCUUUCUCUGCGCUGUGCAUGGCAUCAAGCUCGGCGAUCUUGGCAAAAUGUGCGCGUGGAACGACAGCUUGACGACGAAUGCGGGAACGCCCAAGUGGCGCGCUCCCGAAGUCGGUGUUAGCGGCAGCAACUACGACUACGCCGCCGACGUUUACUCGGUUGGUGUCGUCCUCGACGAGCUUUGCGUUUUGGCCUCAAAUGAGCAUGACGCGCCGUGGCUGGCGCCAAUGGCCACCGCGUGCAAGCAAGAAACACCGACGAGCCGACCGACUGCAAUCGCGAUCGUCGAGCGUCUGGGCUACGAGGUGCACAACAUCACCGUCCCAAAUGGCCUCGAACUGCACCUCGUCUCGUCUCGCCAAGUGCAGGCCAGCGAUAUGGUGUGCGCUUCUUGCAAUAGCGUAACGCCGGUGCUGUACUCGGUAGCUUGCAUUGAAUGUCAUCAGGCGACGCCCGACAUUUUGGAUCGACUGCAGUUUGUGCUGGCGCGCUGCGUGGCCCUCGACGUCGACACGAGCAUGGCGUGCGUCACGUGCCAUCGCCUUCACGACACGACGGCCAACUGCAGCUUUUGUGACGCGCCUGUCGCAAGCGCAGACGCGGCGCUCGCGAUCCUCGUGCAUCGUCUCGACCAGGCUUUAGCGUGGGACAAGGCGGCGACGAUCUCGACCGGCCUCGCCGUGAUCUCGGAGGAGCCGCACACCACGACAUCGGCUUAA